UCGAAGAGCUGUUACGGUGAGAACAGGCUAACAUGCUAACCCGGGAACAUCUACCGGUGAAAAAACGACGGAGUAAACUUCGGAAACGGUAAUAAAAGGAGUCUACAGGGAGCGGAGAGCGGUCGCAGGGACUGAUGGGAAACUGAGGAGAAAGUUGGUAACUUUUUAACAGGUUCCGUUCACCUGCCUGCUAGCUGCUAACGGCUAACUGAGCCGUUAGCAGUUUAAAAGUUUACUGUUGAAGGAGGGAGGCCAGGAAUUAGACGGAGCCAUGACGGUGGAGGGAGUCCGACACUCCCCGAUCCUGUCCGCCCUGUUCGGCACGACGGAGGACCCCGAGCUACUGGGAGCCGCUCAGUUUAUUAAAGACCGCCUGUACUUCGCCACGUUACGCAGCAAACCCAAAAGCACCGCCAACACACACUACUUCUGCACCGAUGAUGAGUUCCUGUAUGAGAACUUUUAUGCAGACUUUGGUCCUCUUAACAUCGCCAUGCUGUACAGAUACUGCUGCAAACUCAACAAGAAGCUCAAGUCAUUCACGCUGACCAGGAAGAGGAUUGUUCACUACACCAGCUUCGACCAGAGGAAGAGAUCCAACGCUGCUGUGCUAAUCGGAGGCUAUGCUGUGAUUUACCUGAAGAAAACUCCAGAAGAAGCUUAUAGAGCUCUGAUAUCUGGAUCCAACGCCUCCUACCUGCCCUUCAGGGACGCCUCCUUUGGGAACUGCACCUUUAACCUCACUGUGCUGGACUGUCUGCAGGGCAUCAGGAAGGCGUUGCAGCACGGCUUCUUUGACUUCGAGACAUUUGACGUGGACGAGUACGAACACUACGAGCGUGUAGAGAACGGAGAUCUAAACUGGAUCGUGCCGGGGAAGUUUCUAGCCUUCAGUGGUCCUCAUCCGAAAACUAAAAUAGAAAACGGUUACCCCCUCCAUGCCCCUGAAGCAUACUUCCCAUACUUCAGGAAACACAACGUGGCCACGGUGAUCCGUCUGAACAAGAAGAUCUACGACUCCAAACGCUUCACAGACGCUGGCUUCGACCACUACGACCUCUUCUUCUUAGACGGCAGCACGCCAAGUGACAUCAUCACUCGACGCUUCCUGCACAUCUGUGAGAGCACGGAUGGUGCCGUUGCCGUCCACUGCAAGGCUGGUCUGGGCAGGACGGGCACUCUGAUUGGCUGUUACCUGAUGAAACAUUACCGAUUCACAGCAGGUGAGGCUAUCGCCUGGAUCAGGAUGUGCAGGCCGGGCUCAGUCAUUGGACCACAACAGAACUUCCUGGAGGAGAAGCAGACAGCCAUGUGGCUGCUAGGCGACAGCCAGCGUUCCCUGAAGACGAAGCUAGAGGAGAGGACGGUGCCUCAACUCAUCACCAACAUGGACCAGCUGACCUUAAAACCAGCCCACAACUCGACUAAUUCUACCCGCAACAGCAUCAUGAGCUCUGACCGACUGACAGAGAGUGAGACUGUAGACGGUGGACCUGCUCUGACUCAGGGAGACAAACUGAGAGCCUUAAAGAGCCGACGACCUCCUCGCCCCGCCACCACUGGAGCCCUCAGGGUGGAGGAGAUGAAGAUGCACAGCAGGUCGUCGUCACAGCCCCUCAGGAUGUCGAUGGGUGCCGGACAGGGCCCCUCCUCUCCCCUUAAGUCCUCCAAGUUCCCAGCUUCCUCUGCUUCGGCUGCUGCCAAGAGGAUCGCUCGAAGUCCAUCAUCAUCGGCCUCAAACAUCAGGAGCUCUCGCUUGGCCAUCUCUCUCAGUGACCUCUACUCUGCAGACUUGGAGGAGGACAGCUCUCCGUACUCCUCUCUUCCUCCCCCUUCCUCUUCCUCUUCCUCCUCCGUGUCUCUCAGCUCCUCCCCAUCCUCUUUGACCCCACCAACUCUUAAUCGCUAUGGUAACGGCCCUCGCAGCCUGCAGCACGAGGUGAACAACAACAGCGGCGUAUUUGUCGGCUCUGCGGCGCCCCCUGCAGGGAAGAGCUUGGGUGUGGUUGUGAGCAGGGCAGGGCCUCAGGACUUCAGCCAAUACAGGGUCUCCUACAGCGCUCUGAAGGGGCCGUCGGGACGCUACCUGAGCCGCUCCAUACCUGUGUUGUGUGGGGUUUCUUUCACUCUAAGAGGAAGCUGCUGCUGAUUGGAGGAACAUUUUUGAUGAACACAGAAUCAGUUGUUAAUAAAUCCAUAAAUUUUAAAUAUAAAUCGCAAUAAAAUUUUUCUAAUUAUAGUAAAUCAAGCCUGAUUGCACUGAGCUCCCUACCUGUCAGUGAACGUUCAGGAGGCCUGGGGUGCUGAGCCAGAUGGAGGAGUCUGAGGAUGGCACACAGCAGAGCUUCCUGUGUGAAGUCUGAUUAGUUUACCUGUACACAGAAGAAUGAAACAGCUGAGACUGAGCAGCAGCUAGCUGUGAAUAAAGUCUCAUCUACCUAGGACAGACUUCUUCUUGGGUGGCUUUCACACUAGGUGCCCAGUCCCGGAUCCAAGUGCACUUGAACCCAAAGUCGGGUUCGUUUUGGUCAGUGUAAAUGCAACAUGGUUGACACGGUUCAGAUGAGAUAAGAAUGCAGCUCCGCCCUGACAGCUAUAUGACAUCAUUGUAAAAACCAAACUUCUUUCCGCUACGCCGAAGUUUGCUCAUAUUUUUCCUCACUUAGGGUGAAAAUCAUCAGAUUCCAGUCACCAAACAGUCUCACCUUAUGACUCACUUUACAGAUGAAUGCAAGUUGGAGUCAGAGAGAUGAGAUGCACCUCAAAAAUUCACAAAGCGUGAGCCUUGCUAAUACACUGAGCUAGAUGUGUAGAUCUUGAAAUUCCUUUUUCCACUGUGCGUAAUAUAAUCUAGAAGUUUAUAACCAUGGAACUGUGGCUAAUCUCCCUGGAUGUAGACGGAAGAGAAAAAUUGACAAAAGAAAGCAAUGUAGGAUAGUUGGAAUGGUGGAUAAACAUCCUCAGUCAACUUCCACAAAAAUUCAGGCUGUCCUGCAGACUCAGGGUGCAAAAGUCUCACCUGGGACCAUAGGUGGUCAUCCAAAUGAGAUGAAGCGCUAUGGCAGGAGACCGAGGAGAACCCCACUGUUGACAAAGAGACAUA